CUCGCAGGAAAGCAGACGUGCUGCACGGACCGCCGCUUCAGCGUCCGGCGUCGCGACGCUAUACGUGUGUGUGUGACAGUGACCGUGUGCGUGUGUGUGUGUGUGUGAGGGCGGCAGCAGAGGAUUACCGGGCCGAGCAAGGAUUAACAUAGUGGCUCGAUUGACGCAGUGACCAUGUUGCCCCGCCGCUGGCAGGGUGUGUGCUGGACUUUGGCCCUGGCCGUGGUGCUGGGGCUGCCCGCCAGCCACCAGCAGCAGCCCCCGGCACAGUCCCCCGUACAGCCCCCGGCGCUGCCCCCGGCGCUGCCCCAAGCGCAGUCGCAGGCACUGCAAGCCCCCCAGCAGAACGUGGAAGUGGCAGGGUCGGGCAACGCCUGCCGCUUCCCCGGCGCCCCCGCGCACUGCACGGUGCGCUUCUCCAACGAGAGCCUCGCCGACGGCGCCGUGGCCACCUACUCCUGCGAGAGGGGCUUCGAGCUGCUGGGGCCCUCCAGGAGGGUCUGCCACAACGGGGCCUGGACGCCGGAGGGGGUGCCCUUCUGUGUGCUGAACGUGGCCGCCGGCAAGGCGCCGAUGCAGAUCUCGACGGCGGCGGGCGGCCUCCCCCAGAAGGCCAUCGACGGCUCGACCAGCGCCUUCUACGCCUCGGACACGUGCACGCUGACCCGGGCGGAGCGCGCGCCCUGGUGGUACGUCAACCUGCUGGAGCCCUACAUGGUGCAGCUGGUGCGGCUCGACUUCGGCAAGCCCUGCUGCGGCGCGGGCAAGCCGGCCACCAUCGUGGUGCGGGUGGGCAACAACCGGCCCGACCUGGGCACCAACCCGGUGUGCAACCGCUUCACGGGGCAGCUCGAGGAGGGCAAGCCGCUCUUCCUGCCCUGCAACCCGCCGCUGCCCGGCGCCUUCGUCUCCGUGCACCUCGAGGGCCCCGCGCCCACGCAGCUCUCCAUCUGCGAGGCCUUCGUCUACACGGACCAGGCCCUGCCCAUCGAGCGGUGCCCGCAGUUCCGCGACCAGCCGCCCGGCAGCACGGCCACCUACAACGGCAAGUGCUACAUCUUCUACUCGCGGCAGCCGCUCAACUUCCGGGACGCGCUGGCCUUCUGCCGGGCGCGCGGCGGCGACCUGGUGGCCGAGAGCAACCCGGCCCUGCAGGGAUUCAUCAGCUGGGAGCUUUGGCGCCGGCACAGGAGCGACACGGCCAGCCAGUACUGGAUGGGCGCGGUGCGCGACCCCAAGGACCGCAACAACUGGAAGUGGAUCAACGGCGGCGACGUGACGGUGUCCUUCUGGAACCUGCCGGGCGGCGACGACGACUGCGCGCGCUACGACGGCAGCAAGGGCUGGCUGUGGUCCGACACCAACUGCAAGGCCAGCAUCAACUACAUCUGCCAGCACCAGCCCAAGGCGUGCGGCAAGCCCGAGCAGCCGCCCAACUCCACCAUGGUGGCCAGCAGCUUCAACGUGGGCGCCACCAUCGAGUACUCGUGCGACGAGGGCCACCUCCUGGUGGGCCCGGGCACGCGGACCUGCCUGCCGACCGGCUUCUACGACGAGUUCCCGCCCGUCUGCAAGAGCAUCCAGUGCGGCUUCCCGGCCGACAUUUCCCACGGCUCGUACCGGCUGCUGAACGGCACCGUGUCCUACCUGUCGCGCGUGCUGUACUCGUGCCAGGAGCACCACCGAAUGCUGGGCCGCGCGCUGCUCACCUGCGACAUCGACGAGCGGUGGAACGGGCCGCCGCCCAAGUGCCAGCCCAUCGAGUGCGAGGAGCCUUCCGCCAUCCAGCACGGCCGCGCCGUCCUCAAGACCAACUCGACCAGGGUGGGCGCCGUGGUGGAGUACGGCUGCAGCACGCGCGGAUACAAGCUGCUCGGCCCCAAGACCCUCACGUGCCUGCCCAGCGGGCUGUGGAACCAGGACCCGCCCGUGUGCAAGGAGGACGUGAAGCCCCCGCCCGUCGGCCCCAGCGGCAAGCUGCCGGCCCGGACAUCGCCCGCGCCGUCAAGACCGCCGACGUCCACGACGGUGACCCACGCGCCCGCGCCGCCACACCAGGCCAGCGGCGCGGCGCACGUACCCCGCAUCGUGGUGGCGUCCCACAACCCGCCGCAGCCCAGCGACACCCCGGAGGGCUCCAACUCGAGGGCGGGCCACGCCCCCGGGGCCGACCUGCCCGGCGCCGUGGACGCGGAGAAGAGAGACACGCUCGGAGCCAAACUCAAUCUAGGUGCCAUCAUUGCUCUGGGCGUGUUCGGCGGCUUCGUGUUUCUGGCCGCCAUGAUCACCACCAUCGUGAUCCUCAUUAGGAGAAAUCGAAGUGCCAAACACUACCGCCACCGAGCCUCGCCCGACUGCAACACCGUGGCCUCGUACGACUCGAGCAGCUCGGAGAGCCGCGGCGGCCUGAACCGCUACUACCGCCAGGCGUGGGAGAACCUGCACCAGUCCGCGGGCGCCAAGGCGCAGGCACACCACCAGGCCGUGCACGCGGCGCUGCGCCGCAAGGAGACCAUGGACGAGCCGCACCACGCCUACCGCCAGGCCAUGGGCCAGGGCUUGGGCCAGGGCAUGAGGGACGGCUCCGAGCUCGUCGUCACGGACGUGGCCGCCGUGUACCCGCAGGGCGGCGUCAAGCCCUCCGCCAUCGCGGCCGCCGAGAAGAAGCGCCACCACCAUCACCACCACCAUCACCACGGCCAGCACCUCAGUAGCAACGGCGGCGGCUCCACGCGGGACCACCUCGACUGGCGCCACCAGCACGCACGGCCGCAGCACAAGAGAUACUAGGCGUCGCAACGCAGUUAGUCGUGUAGGCGAACGUGACGGGUGUGACGAACGAGACAUGCGUGACGAACGAGACAUGCGUGACAAUCGUGACGGGUGUGACGAACGUGACAUGUGUGACGUACGUGACAUGCGUGACGUACGUGACAGGUGUGACGUACGUGACAGGUGUGACGAACGUGACAGGUGUGGCGAACGUGACAGGUGUGGCGAACGUGACAGUUGUGACGAACGUGACAGGUGUGACGAACGUGACAGGUGUGGCGAACGUGACAGGUGUGACGAACGUGACAGGUGUGUCGUACGUGACACGCGUGACGAACGUGACAGGUGUGACGUACGUGACAUGCGUGACGAACGUGACAGGUGUGACGAACGUGACAGAUGUGACGAACGUUUCCCGUGACUAGCAUACUGGAGGUCUUGAACUGGCACGUCAUUAUCGACGAAGACGCCUCUUUACACUUGUCCGGACGUUAAACUGCGUUGUCGUGACGAGGACGUGACGAAAACGCGACGAGUCAGACGACGAUAGCCGUGCCCGCAUGCUGCCGCAUGGCAGGCGCGUGUCCUGGUGGGAGCGUGGCCCUCGGUGGCCCUCGAGGAGAGGGCAGACGGCAGUCGGAUGCAAGCUACUGCCCGGAAGCUAAAGGAAACGAGUACAAACAGUUUGAAAAAACAAUCUUUCUUGGCCGGUCCUUAGAUUUGGUGUGCACUGUGUACUGUUAUACCUGAAGAAUCCAUGAGGACAAGGACGCUCUUCCCAGGCUGAGCUUGAAACCUUCUCAUGUGAACUGCCAUACUGUAUUCUGACAUGACAAAGUUAGCAGGUGUCUUGAAACGUCCUGUAUUAAUUGCAAAUGUUUUAUUUUAGUCUGGUCGGGCUUUAUGCAACUGUUGUAAAAAAAAAAUACUUAGUUGAUAAUGAAGUACCGAUUUACCUAGGUUUACGUUGAAGUCUUGUAUCAUGUUGAUGGAAUGCCAUACACUCUGCGCAUCAGUAAUUUUUAUAGAAAUUAGAUGCGCAGAUCAAGCAGGGCGGGUAUGAAGACUUAUACUCGCCUGUAGGAAAACAAAGAGGGUGUCCUUCUCUGUUUAUGACCAGUGCAAUGAAUUUUUGUUGGUCGAAAUGGUGUUGAAUCACAUCAAUUGUUCUCGGUUGUGAUGUCAAAAUUUCUGAUGUUUGAUCGACAUCAUUCCGACCAAUGUACGUCACUGGAACUAAUGUGUAAAUAGUUGUAUUUUAUGCACGUGAUUCUUGUUAUUUGUUUCUCAUGAAUUUGUGCAGUAUUAAGCGUUGCUAAUUUUUUGGUUUCGCUAUCUUUGUUAUGUGAUUUGUUGGAAGACUGAGUGGUAUGUCGAUAUAGUUUUCCAGAACUUGUCUGUUCUUGCAUCCAGUGAUUGACACAGGAAGACUUUUCUAUCAAAAAAAUUAUUUCUAUUCUAAAAUGACAUCAGCUCAGCCCCAGCAGAUUGCAAAAGUUUUUGUGAUUUGAAUUGAAUCCCUUGGCUUUACUUGAGAUUAUCAGACUGGAUCGCAUUCAUGUGACAGUUUGGCGAUAGACUGGAAAGUAAAGCUGAUGUGAAUCAUCAAGAUUAGAUGCUCCAAAUAGUAGCAUAUGAAGGGUGAAAAAUGAUUCAAUUCCUGUGAGUAUCUGCUUUAUUACUUCCAUAAGGUGAUACUCAUGGGAAUUUUUUGAAAACCUUUACCAGUUUGAUCAACUUUUUAGAUUGGUAACUGACAAAAGCUUAUGUACAUAGUGUUUUGAUACAAAAGUGAUGUAUGUAUAUUAGAUAUAUUUUGAACGUACCAGAUUCAAAUCUAUUCUAUUUAUGUGAGACCUCUUGUUUUCUUGUUGGCAUUGCCCUUUUGGUAUUGCAUAUAAUUUUAUUAUUUAUAGCUAACUUAUUAAAUGUUGGAUUGUCUUCUAAAAUUUUCUUUUUCUACAAUGUUAAUUUUUUCUGGAAAAAAUAUUGAGUUUUUGUAAAUUAAUUUGCUGUACCAUAUUAGAAUUGUAUCAUUUUCUGUAAAGUAAUGUAUGUGAAAGUCUUGAUCUGUUUUUUAUGAAAAUGUGGUGUCGAAAUUCAAUACCUGUUAAGAGGGAAAAAUUUUGAAGAUGGAGGUCAUUGAUAAUUUUAUGAGAAGAGAAAAAAAAUCUAUUUUUACUUACUACCCUCCGAGUUGAUGUAGUGUGAAACCAGACUGCGUUACAAUAAAUAAAAUAUUGAUAAAAUCCGU